AUGGCCACCUAUCGUUUAGUUCUUGUUCGUCAUGGCGAGUCCACCUGGAAUAAAGAAAAUCGCUUUACAGGCUGGACUGAUGUUCCAUUGACCCAACAUGGAGUUGACGAAGCCAAAGAAGGUGGAGAAAUGCUCAGACGUCAAGGCCUUACCUUUGAUGUAGUCCAUACUUCAGUCCUCAAGCGAGCAAUUCAAACAAUGAAUCUCGUUCUUUCAGAAAUUGACCAAGAAUACUUACCAGUAAAUAAGCACUGGAGGUUAAACGAAAGGCACUAUGGAAGCCUCCAAGGACUCAACAAAUCAGAGACUGCUGCUUUGCACGGGGAAGAACAAGUCUUGAUAUGGAGAAGAUCUUAUGAUAUCCCACCCCCAAGCCUUGAAGAAUCUGACGAAAGACAUCCAGCUCAUGACAAAAGAUAUGGAAAACUGCCUAAAGACUGCAUGCCAAGAACUGAGUGCUUAAAGGAUUGCAUCCAAAGGGUUCUUCCUUAUUGGUAUGAUGCAAUUGCACCAGAUAUUUUGAAUGGGAAAAAUGUCUUGAUUGUAGCUCAUGGGAAUUCUUUGAGAGGACUUGUGAAACACUUGGAUAACAUGAGUGAAGAAGAUAUCUUGAAGCUGAAUAUACCAACUGGAAUUCCAUUGGUUUAUGAACUCAAUGAAAGACUGCAACCUAUAAGGCAUUACUAUUUAGCUGAUGAAGAGGAAGUCAGAAGAAGAAUUGAGGCUGUGGCUAACCAAGGUAAAGCUAAAUAA